UCAACCAAGUGCUGGGGGAAAGAGGUGGCCUGUCCCUUUCCCAAGGCUGGCCCCCCUACUAACGGCUUCAGUGGCUCUUCUUCCUCUAGUGGGCAGCACCUCUCUCUGUCCCCCAUCUUCUCUAUCUCCCUGUGCCCCCCAAAGCCUAUGAAGUGUCAGUGUCUCCCUUCCCUUGAUCCUGCCAUGCCCUUGAGCUUCUCCUUCCCAGCCCAAAGCCUGGAAAAAGUCAGGUGCAUUUACUGUUGGCAGCAGGAUGGCCCAGUGGCCAGGGUGUGGGCUGGAGUCAGAAAGACCCUUCCAGCUGGACGAGUGGCCCCAGAGACCACCUGGUUGGGUGGCAGAAUGCAGGAGGGCCGGUGGGGAUGGGUGGCCAUGCCAAUUUUAUUGAGGUAGGGGAUGAUAUGGUGCAGGCUGAGGAAUGUCAUCUUCAGAGAAGCAGUGAUAGGCGGCAAAGCACAAGGCAAGCACGGUGGUCACAAGCCACUUCGGAGCACACAGACAAAGGUUUUCCAGAUGGAACAGAUCGAUAUGUCAAUGUGUGACUGCUCGACCAGGCUCGGGGCUUCAGAGGGUGACUCCCUGGCAAGGCUCCUGAUGGAGUGCUUUCUGGCAGGCCACCUGAUCACUUCCGGAAGAACGGGUUGGGUUCAAGCUGAGGGGAAAGACUGGGCAUCUGCUGCUUCUAAGUUAAUGGCUUUGCCAGAGGCCUUGCUUGCAUUCUGGGCUGCACUCUCGCUGCUGGGGGCUACAUAGCCCUGCCUGCCUGGACUCCUCAGCUGGAGAAGGACCUGGCCAAGCACCCUGCUGCCUCUGGCGAGGAAAUCCCCUGGGGGGUCACAGAGAGUGGGACAUGUGCAAAGGACAACAUUCACUGCUUCCUCCGACAGACAGCCUCAUGGCAGCUUGGGAUGCUUGGUUCCUCUUUUCUUCCUGGACUCUGGGGGUGCUGCUCUCUCCCCUCCUGUGUCAUGUCUAAAUGCUGGUUCUGUGCUGGCUCGUCUCCUCUCCCACAGAGGACUCCCAGGCCUUUAGAUCCAACCUCAUCCUCUCUCUCGACCUUCAGGCCUGCAUCACUCAUGAGCUACUGGAUCUCCCCUGGCCAUCGUCCCCUCCCCUUGUCUCCACUUGCCCCAUCAUGCACUGCCUCUUCCUCUAGGGUCCCCUCUCCACUGUGUCUUGUCUCCAGUUGCCAAAAGCAUUUCCCAGAGGCCCAGGUCUGUGUCUAUUCCCUCUGGGAUCAACCCUAAAGGCCUGGGCCUAGUUUCUCAGGCCCCCCAGCCCCUAGCCCUUCCUGCUUCCUGUCCCCUUCCUCCUCUUCAUGGCAGGCUGUCCCCCAUGCCCCUGCCCCAGAAGUCCUCCUUGCUUGGACUGCUACUGCUCCCUCACCAGCUGUGGCUUGCUGAAGCUUUCUCUCUCCAAGGCCCAGUGCAAUUCCUCCAGGGAACCUUCCCUGACCCCUCCAGUUGCUGGUGCUCUCAGGCCCCCCUCAGCUGAACUGGACUUUAGCCAGUGGUCUACUGGUUUUGCCAUCGUGACACUGUCAGCAGCUAGCCCAGGGCCUCGAACCUAGUGACUGCCAUUGUUCCUGGUCCCCAGUUUUUGUCAGGAGAGACAGGGGGGUUAGAGGGGCUGCAAGGGAGGAUCUGACUCUGGGCCACCCUUGACUAGCAUCUCCUUCCUCCCAUCCCCCAAGAGCCCUUUCCCCCCUUUCCUGGCAGAAAGCUUCCCUUGUGGCUGAGGUGAUUGACCUGGCCACUCUCGGGGCCUGAAGAAGGCAGACAAUGCAGCUACCAUCCCAGGGAGUAUUGACUCUCCUAGGUAGAAGGGAGACACAGAGAGACACUGAGAGAGCCAAUGCAGAGGAAGGAACAGGCCUGGGGGAGCCCAGGCUAGCUGGGGGCUCAGGGCCCCAGUGGGGAAAGGGCCAAUUCUAGCCUUCUUCCUCUAGUUCCUUCCUCCUUGAGGCUUGGCUUCCUCUUUGCCUGCUGAGUCAGGGGGCCGACCCAGAGAUGGGGGCAAAGGGGAUGGAGGCAGUGGCUUUAAAACCUGGAAGUUCCCACCUUCCUUUUCAACUGGUCGCCAUAGCCUUCGGCCCCAGCUGUCCCUGGCUCCCCACAAUGCUGCUGUCGCUGCUAUUUGUGCUCCUGGUUCUCCUUUCAUCCCGGGGGACAGGCAAGGAGGCCGUGCGCUGCUUCUCCAACUUUGAGGAGGCUUCCAACCAAUGCAUGGGGUUCCUGGGAGAAGGGAUCAGCAAGCAUGCCUGCUGCCUCAAUGCUGCCUACAGUUUCCAGAUCCCAGGAAGCCAAACUUGCCAAGCCUGCGGGGCCCCUCGAUGGUCGAUGUGGUCUGCCUGGUCCCCGUGUUCCGUGUCCUGUAUGGAGGGCUCCCAACUGCGUCAUCAGCGAUGCCUUGGCCAGGGAGGCCUGUGCUCUGGUGAGGGACAGCCUGGGAGCCUUCGCUGGGAAUUGCAGGCAUGCCAGGACAAGGACUGUUGCCCAGAGGCUGGUGGUUGGUCUGCCUGGGGGCCAUGGAGCUCGUGCUCUGUGACCUGUGCCCAGGGUUUGCGGAGCCGCCAAAGGGCCUGUGACCAGCCAAUCCCAAAGUGUGGGGGCAGCUGCCCUGGCAGGGAAACCGAGACUGAGCCAUGUGAUACAGAGGUCCCGUGUCCCACCCAUGGGGUCUGGGCAGCCUGGGGACCUUGGGGGCCUUGUUCAGCCUCCUGUCUCGGGGGGCCCCAGGCCCCUGUCCAACACAGAAUGAGGACAUGCUCUUCUCCAGCCCCUUCGGUCCAACCCCCAGGAAGGCCCUGUUCUGGCCAGGCCUAUGAAAAGCAGGGCUGUGAGGGCCUUCCACCAUGCCCUGUGGAUGGUGGCUGGGGUCCCUGGGGGUCUACCAGCCCCUGCUCGGUGACCUGUGGCCUGGGGAGGAUCCGGCAGCAGCGGCUGUGCAGUCAGCCCCCACCUCAGCACGGAGGUGCGGCCUGUGCUGGAGACGCUACCCAGGAUGGCCUGUGCGAUACGGGAAAGCCCUGCCCGGUCGAUGGUCACUGGGGUCCUUGGGAGCCCUGGGAGCCCUGUGCCCGACUCCCUAACUUCCAGAUUGCAUGUGAGAAUGUGCCAGGCCAGCAGCAGCGCUUUCGCAAGUGUGAGGGCCGCCUCCACCAAGGCCAACGCUGCCCGGGCCACUUCCAGGAGUCCCGCCAUUGUUACAACAUCCAUCGGUGCCUCUUGGAUGGCUACUGGACAGCCUGGGGGCCCUGGAGUCUCUGCCAGCCCCCCUGUGGGCCCUCUCCCACCCGCUCCCGACACCGUCAUUGUACUGCCAAGUUGCCUGCUUACUCGCCCACGGUGACCACGGUGGAAGGCCAGGGGGAGAAGAAUGUGACGUUCUGGGGGAGCCCGAGGCCCCGCUGCUCUGAGCUGCAAGGCCAGAAGGAGAAGGUGGAGGAGAAGAGGCCAUGUCUGCACCCUCCACCCUGCAAGGACCCCCUGCUGGCCAGAACUUGAGCCAGCUCUGUUCUCCCAUUCAUCCUGGGGGAGAUGGGGGUUGGGGGGCUGAGGGGAGGAAGAGAGGAGGUGCUGCCCUUUCCUCAUAUAGCCUCACCCUGAAUAAACAGCUUUCUCAGCUUGCAA